AAUAAUUAAUAUUUGAUUAUCAUUAUAUAAAUAUAAUUGAAUAUAGACUAUAGUCUAUAUUGACUCUAUAUUAUGACUAUAUAUUUUAAUUUAUAUUAUAGUGUUAGAGUCUAUGCUUAUGUCUUAUCAUGCCUUAUGUCUAGAUUGACUAGAUCUAUAUUAAUCUAUAAUAUUCUAUAGUAUAGAUCUAUUAUCUAGUAAAAAUCUAGUUCUAUUGACUAUAGCAGUGUUUCUCAAACUGAGUGCCGUGGCACACUAGUGUGCCGCCGAAGAUUUGCUGGUGUGCCGCGGGAGUUUUCAGAACGCCACCCGUGCAGCCUUACACAGGUUUACCUAAUAUCCUCAUUUGCAGCGACCAGUAAUAGUAGUGGAUUGCUCCAUUUUGACGGAAAGGGGUGUUAGCUAUUCAGGUUAUGGAAUUGUCCACUAUACAUAAUAUAUUAUUAUAAUGACUCAAAUGUUGGCCGCCUUAGCAGACGCACAGCACUGACAGCAGUUCUUGAAUUGGUAACGAUAAUAAUAAGCGAUGUGUUUCAUGUAAAUUGUUUAGUUGUGUGCUAAUAAUAACAAAUUAUCAAUAAGCAUUAUUCAUUGUUAUCCAUGGAGAAAUACGUUAGCAAGAAUGAAACUGAGAAAGUGUUAAAUGAAAAGCAAGGAACCAAACGAAGGUACAAAGAAGACUACAUCGGAUAUGGUUUCAUAUCUUCGGGACCUGAAGAUGCUCCAUUGCCAUUCUGUCUGAUCUGCAAUGCAACUCUGUCGAAUGAGGCGCUUGUUCCAAGCAAAUUGAAGAGACACUUGGAAACAAAACAUCCAGCUGUAAAAGCGCAACCGAAGAAAUACUUUGAAAACAAAAUAAACAAGCUAAGAAACUUACGAACUACCUAAAGCUGCCAGAAAAGGAAUUGAUUGCAAGUUAUAAGGUUGCUCAGUUAUUAGCAAAACGCAAGAAAGCACACACAUAGGCUGAAUCAGUCAUUGCACCAGCUUUAGCAAUAGUUGUUGAAACUAUCAUUGGACCCGAUGCCGCCGAAAAAGUUAAAAAAGUUCCUUUGUCAAAUGAUACUAUCUCGAGCAGAAUUGAAGGCUUAUCGUCAGAUUUACAAGAUCAAAUACGCGAACACUUAGACGUGACUGAUGAUGAAGUGUCUCUGCUGUGGACUCUUCAAGUUAGCGGCAAAGCCCAGCUGCUCGCUUUUAUUCGGUUCAUAAAGGAUGAAAAAUGUGUCAACGAAUUCUUAUUUUGCAAAGACUACGACCAAAGGCGAAGAUAUUUUCAAAGGGGUAAACGAAAACAUUUUGCUAUUCAAUCUACAGUGGAAAAACUGUGUCAGCGUUUGCACAGAUAGCUGUCCUUCCAUGCAGGGAAAUAGAAAGGGAUUCGUCACUCUUGUGCGUCAAGAAAAUCCAAAUGUAUUAGUUGUUCAUUGCAUGAUCCACGAAGAAGCUCUUGCCUUCAAAUCUUUUGCCGAAAGAUUUGAUGUUUGUUCUGGAUCAAGUGAUUGAAGUUGUAAACUUCAUCAAAUCUCGACCGCUUGCAUCCCGACUUUUCUCUCAGCUCUGUGAAGCAAUGAAUUCAGACUACAAAUGUCUCCUGUAUCACACCACCGUUCGUUGGCAAAGUAAGACCUUGAAAGGAGUCUUCGCUUCUCCUACUUACAAUUAAUGUGCUUUAACUAAAGAAAUCACCCCAGAAAUUCUGUACACUUUGACACACCUGCAGUCAGAAUGGCAGCAUUACUUUCCAACAGUUUGAAGUAAUGAGUAUGGAUGGGUCAGCUAUCCAUUUGGAAAUAAUGAAGCUACAAACCUUACAACUGAAGAAGAAGAGCAGCUCAUUGAUUUAAAAAAACGAUGCAGUUCUUAAGUCAAGUUUUACAGAGAAAAGCCUGGAUGUGUUUUGGAUUUCAAUCAACAAGUUAUAUCCUGCAAUCAGUUUAAAAGCAAUCAAAAUAAUUCUUCCAUUUGCAUCUUCAUGGUUUUGUGAGUUUAGAUUUUCAGCACUGACUGAAAUGAAGUCUAAGAAAAGAGAGAGACUUCUUGAAAUAGAUGAUGUUUGUCGACUUUGGAGCCUCGAUUAGAUCGCAUUUGCUCUCAAAAACAUGCACACCCUUCACAUUAAAUGUAAAACUUAAAAACAGGUAAAAUCUUUUUUUUUCUUUUUAUUAUAAAACAUCUGUUGCUCUUCGUGGUGUGCCGCGAAAUUUUUGUAGUUUUUUUAGUGUGCCGGCAGACAAAAAAGUUUGAGAAACACUGGACUAUAGACUAUACUACUAAAGAGUCUAGACAGUCUAGAUCUAAUAUCUUUAUCUAGUAUUAUAGAUCUAAGUAUAAUAUAUAUUUUAUAAUAUGAUCUAUUAAAUCUAUAUAAGUAUAUAUAUAUUAUAAGAUUUCGUUAAUAAAAAGAUUUAUAAUACUAAUAAUAGUAAAUAGAUUGAAAAUUCUAUCAGUUAUCACUAGUCACUACUAGUGUAGAGACUAGAUUGUUACACUUGACUUAGUGUAGUGUGUAGCAGUGAACUGUGUAGUGACUUGUACUGUAGUUGUAGUUUCUACUAUCUAGAUAGAAAUAGAGCCUAGUAUUCUAGUAAGUCUGGACCUAGUACUACUAGAUCUAGUAGUGAGUAGUGCAGUGUUACAGUAACAGUGAACCUCUAUUCUCCAUCAUAAAUAAGCCUAAGUGCCCUAAGCAUAAGGCAGCUAAGGCAGGCUCUCUUCAUAUGGCAUGGGCGCCCGCACGAAAUAGCGCUUCCACUGAAGUACAGUUUCCUUGUGGAGCAGAGAAUGUGAGAAGUCAAGGCUGCAGAUGCAGCCUCUUAUCUAGUUACACUUGAAUACAGCAACCAAUGGCUUGGAAACCAGUGGAGGGUAUACAGCUGUUGGCACCCUUUGAUCAUCAGGUGGCUGGACAAUCCUCCAUGUUAAAAUAUGAUGCUACAACAGUUUGUAAACCUUUGAUUGCUAGAGAACAUUUUGUAUACAAGACUCUACCUGAUGAAUUGAAAACAUUUACUCCAGAGUAUAGAGGAGAAAUAGAAGUCCAGCUAUCUGAGAAAGAUGGAUACAUCCAGUUACUUGGCCUACCAGUGCUAGAGGACAGUGGUUCUUGUUCCUGUUCAAGUGACCACACUCAUCCAGUUUUAACCAAUACAGUUACAAAUCAUGAAGAUAACUCCUCAGCACAAAACAGGUGCAUGAUUCGUGUUUUGCGAAGUGGAAGCUAUGAGUUUAACUCAACCACCAAUGAGGUGUUUCAUACUGAAGAUGCUACUUCUUCUAAAACACAGAAAUUGAACCCAUGGAGUUUAAAAAAUCAUAAGAGGUUGUUGGACAAACUGCGCAAGUCAGAGCACAGCCACAAUAAGCUUCGUUUUAUGCUGCUAAAAAAUGUAGUCGCAGAUUUUAAGCAUCCCAGCAUCCUUGAUCUAAAGAUUGGAUCACGUCUUCAUGGUGACGAUGCUUCUCAGGUCAAAGUAGCAAGUCAGUUAAAGAAAUGCAGAGAGACAACGUCCAGUACUUUAGGUCUCAGACUUUGUGGUAUGCAGGUGUAUCAUAUACCAUCUGGAGUCUACCACAGUGUGGACAAGUUCCAUGGAAGGACUUUAAAUGACCAGUCAUUCAAACAGAUACUUUACAGCUUUCUACACAAUAGUCAACAGUUUCGUAAGGAGCUGGUUAAACCUAUUGUUGACAGGCUUUCACAAUUAGCAGGUUGUCUUAAAGCCUUAGACUCAUACCGUUUUUAUGCCAGUUCACUGCUCAUUAUUUAUGAUGGAGAUUUGGGACCUGAGAGCCAUGAAGAGUCAUCAGAUGACACAACUGUCUCAGAAAGUUCAUAUCGUUCGCAUCCCACUCUUCCUACUGCUUCUUCUGAAAGUUUAACACCUGCUUUGCUUGCAGAGAGUGAUCUGCAAGGCAAACAGACUUUAACAGACACACCUUCUGAUGUGAACCUUCAAGCUGGCAAGAUGAGCAAUAAAUUCAAAGAUGACAUUUCUAGUCAACACCAUUCCCCUCUCAAUGUGCCUCAGUCAAAGCUUUCCUUAAAUCAUCAGGAAGACAAGUCAUGUGACCAAACUAGAUUACAUUUGGACCAAGAAAUGACCAGAAAUUGUGUCAAAUCAGAAUCCAGUUCAAAAAAUAUUCCUCCCAGAGUACUGCUGGAUGAUCAGAAUGGUGUCAGAAAAGAUAACAGCUAUAUUUCAGCUGAGAGUAGGACUAGUCAACAUAACUCAGCAGUUAUUUUGGAGAACUUACUAGAAACAUCAAGAUCAGACAUAGCAGCACAAAGUGUUGAUACUGUUGUCCCUGGGGUUCCCUCUGUCAUACAGGACAUAGAGUCCUGCAAUGAACAGAAGGCACAUUCAUCACAGUGCAACAUAGAUAAUGAACUGACUCAAUACUCAUUCACACCUCAGAAAAAUAGCCAUUCUUUUGAUGUCCAAGAAGCUAAAGUAAGUGCAGUCAAGUUUGAUGUGAAAAUGAUUGAUUUUGCUCACACUACACACAAAGGUUUUGUUUCUGACAGAAUUAUUCACUCUGGUCCAGACACUGACUAUAUAAGGGGCCUGGAAAACCUGAUCAAGUUGUUUGUACAGCUAAUGGAUGAAACUUAGUUUCUGACUCCUCCAUUGUGUCAUGGGACCAGUAAUCACUUCAUAUCAUUUCAUAUAGGGAACUCAAACUUCUUGACUUUGUUAUAAUUUAUAACCCUUUCUUUGGCAACAUAUUCCUUACCCUGUCUCCAGCAACUGGCUGCAAUACACUUGAUACAUUUUUAUGUGAAGUCAAAUCUGCUUAUGUUGAUCCAUGGCAGCUGAAUAGAUUACACACACUUGUAUACAGGGAAAAAACUGUCAUUACUAUUGAGUGGAUUGUAAGUACCCAAAGUCUUAUCUAUUUGUAAAAUGUUUUCUUGUUUGCUGUUUUUUUAUUAUUUACAACAUGACCUGAUUUAGCUUUGCAUACCUACAAAAACAGAAUAUGUAAUUUAAAAAAAAAGCAACAUCUUUAACUCUGGCUAAGUGCCUGCAGUUUGGUGAAAUUAAAGUCUUGCUAUGAAAUUGUAAACCUUUGGUUUCUGCAACUGUAAAUAAGUGUAAUCAUCAGAAUAUAAAAAAGAUGGUGGAGCCUAUGAAUGCUGGCUACAUAAUUCUCUUGUUACUGAAAUACUUCCAGGCACCUUACAGGGAACUGAUUAUUACUUUGAGAAACUUUAGAACACCCAACUUUCCAAUAACAUAUUACUGGUACAAAUUAGUGCUAGUGUGUUGAUGUUGUCAAUCACCAUGACCUCUCCACCAUUUUGGCACAUGGUCAGUUCCUCCAAAAUUGACUUUUGAUGAGAGUUUCAAGAAGCUAGCUAGCCAUAUCACACUGUAUAAGGAUUUAUGCAGUUGGCCAUUUAAAGUGCAGGAGUUUGCCAAUAGCAGAAUUUACUGUAGAUAUUCAAUGUUUUAUCUUCAUUCAUACUUAAGGAAAGUUUUAAAUACUUUUCUCCAGACCAUUUUAUAAUACAACGUAGUCUUUAUAUCAUUUCAUUAUCUGAUUAAAGUUGGUAAAACGUCUUAUGUAGAUUUUAAAAAAAAGGUUGUAUUCAGGUAUUUGUUACACUGCUUAUUCCAUUAUGAGAUGAAAACAUUUUAGAACUAUUGACUUACUAUAUGACAGCAAAUAAUGCUAUCAUUCAAAAUUGAAAAGCUCCUUCUGUAAUAUAUUUGCUAAGAUCAAUUUAUUUGACUCCAGUGUUACUGUGACAAUUGUUGUUAUACAAAUCUGUUCAACACUUCUGCCUUGUAUGAUUGCCAAACUAGUAUUUGUAUGUCCCACAUGUAUAUGAUUUCUAAGUUACUUUACCUUUGUAUACAGUUGAACCACAUUUCAGGAAAUAACUUGUUACCACAAGGUUGAAAAUACUUUUGUUUUUGUUUCUUUUCAAAUUUUUGUUUUUUUGUUCCCUAUGAAAAAUGAUUUGUGCUUAAAUUGAAGUUUAUAUCUUAAUAAGAAACAUUGAGUUCUUAUAAUACAUUAUUGUUAUUGCUUUUCUAUAGGGCAUCUUCCAUGCUCAGUGUGGACAGGGGUGGAUGGAGUAUCCAGGAGAAGAACUCAGAUUCAAAUAGACUAAUUAAAAUUCUAUAUUCUACAUGGAGGUUUGAACUUGCCUUGCCUCCAGCCAAAACACUCAACCACACAUCCCAUUAUUAUAAUUGCCAUUAUUAAUGGAAAGAACUUUUAGUUCAGCCAAAAAUAUUGUUUAUAUUUUUCCACCUGUUCUUUAGCUUUGUUUCUGGUGCCAAUAUCAAGAAUGUCUCAAUGUACUAGAAUAGAAGAGUACAUUUGUUUACAUUUUUUAAAAAUCUAACAUUCGUUAGUUAUUAAGAGAAAAAAAAAUCACUGUAUAAGUUGUGUAAAGGAGGUAUUUUCUUUUUUAAAAAAAGUAUUUUUUUCUUUCUUGUUUAAUGUUUUGUAAGUGAAUUUUAAUAUGUAUGCAGAAAUGUAAUUAUUGAACUCAAAUUUGAAAAUUAGGCCUCCAUUUUUUAUACAUUUUGAUCUAAUGCCAAUAAAUGAACAAAAAUUGUAAAAUUUCAAAACAAAUUGUCACAUGGGUUACAGGGUGAUAUGAAAAAAAUGAUUUAUAAGGUCACUGGAUUUUCCUGUCCUACAUUUAUAAAGACAGUUGAUUCUACUGUUGAAGUGUGUGGGUAAUGUCCACAUUAUAUUAUUACAAUUGCUCCCUUAUGAAAUGUUACCCUAUCAUAUAUUUUCAAAGGGUACAUUGCUUCAUGAAGUGUUCCUUUGCUAUCAUGUUCAGAAAUACUUCAAUUGGCUUUUUAACAUGUUUUGUUUCAAAUAUAUAUCAACAGAAGAUAUUAUAUAUAUAUAUUGUGAAUGUGGAUGAGAUUUUCAUUCAAAUCAUUUCAUUAGUUGGUUCAAAACCAUCAUAAUCUGCCACCAGCAAAAGUCCCCAAUCAGUACAUCAUGUCAACAAAUACUGAUAGGGAAUAGAAAAUCUUUUAGUGCCACUAGGCAAGAACAAAAAUUAUAUAUUAGAUAUUUAUUUCCUAAUUUUUACAAAUAUUCUGUGAUUGUAGAUAGGAUGUUCUGAUUUGUAGUGCAGUACUUCUUUUUUUGUUACUGUUGGUUUCCACAUGAAGUCUACUACAAAGUAAGUAGGUUUUGGUUUGCUCAAUGCCAUCUGUUGGGGGAGCACACAAUUUUUUUUAUGCUAUUCAUUUUUGUGCUUAUUUAAAUAAAAAAACAUGUUUUUUUUUUGUUAAGCCACAUACACUUAGAAUGUAAUUUUAAAAUUGCAUAGCUUCUCAUCAAGUGUCUACUCUAUGACACAGUAAAAAUAGCUACUUUCCUUUGUUUUACUAAGAAAUCCAUCCACAUAGGCAUAGAUCUUUUUUUUUUGGUCUGGUGCCUUAAUGUGCUCAUUCUUUAUAGAUCUGGGUGCUUUACAUGCUUGACUAAUCUGCUCUUUAAUGGAUAGGCAUGACUAGAACUUUUUCCUAUCACUUUGUAUGUUAUUUAGACGAGAAGAUUGUGUAAAGUCAGCUGGGUACAGAUUACCUAUGUAUGUAAGACCUCAUCACAAAACCAGUUCUAAAUAUAUACUGUGUUAAAAUGGGGAAAAAAGAAAAAGUUUCUAAAAUUCAGGAAAUAAGCCUCAAUUUUUUUUUUCAUUUAUUGACCUUCAUCUGUGGACUUAGGAGAGAGAAGUAGCUCUGUGAAUAGAUUUUUAUUGUUUUACUAUGAACUGAUUCAAUUGUUAGUUUCAAAGUUGAUGUAAAUCUUCUUUUUCUGAUGUAACCAUUUAUGUACAUCCUCCUAGCCAUGUAUUUUGACAGAAUAAAAUGUACAAUUUAGUACAUGUAUCUGAA